AUGCAACCUAAAAAGCGUGACAGCGAAACCGAAUUUCCAGUAAGAAAAUCUACUUCUGAAAUAUCUGAGAGUUUUCCAUUUGUUAAAAGAGCGCUUGCAGAAAUUGGAAAUGGACUUAAUUACUUCAGAAGAUCUAUAACUUCAGAUGCUACUGAGCCUAAAAUAACUGUGCAGAAAGCUGACCAACCCAAUACCACAGUCGUAGUUGUGGCAGCAUCUGUAGAUGAUCCACCGCCGUCACCACCACCGCCAAUGACAUUAAAAGAAAGGCGCGGUUCUCGAGGUUCACCGUGUGCUAAUCUUCCGCCUCUAAUGAUACCGUCUGUUACACCAGAACCUUCACCUGGGCGGUUGUCUCCUAGUCGUAUUUCACCACAACCACCAAAAGCACCAGCAUCAGCACCGGUUGUAGGAAAUCCCCCGAGAAGAACUCGAACGAGAUCUGAAAUGCCGCCAGAUCCACCACCGCGCUCUCCAGAGACACCACGCCCCGCGUCCGUAUCACCCAAACAUACGUUCGCUUUUAAAAUUGUUCUUAAGAAGGUAGAAAGUACGCCGAACACAUCGUUUGAUCGACCGGAACAAUGA